AGAAAAAAACAGUUAGAAACAUAGAUAUAUAAUACAAUUUAUAAUAUUAUAAAAUAAUUCUUUCCUUUCAAAUCUUUUCUAUUUAAAAUCAUGAUAUUGAAUAUAAUUAAUUAUCUCUUAUAUGUUAUGACUCUAACCUUACGAUGAUCUAACCUAACCUAACCUAACCUGCGAGAAUAAUUCUUACGAAUACGCGCGGCAAUUGGAUUUUUAGUCUUGUCGUAAAUUGCAUUAAUAUUUUCGAAAUUAUGGCUGAAACUGAUAAUACUGAUAACACUAUGAGAGAGCAGGAAACAUUGUUACGAUGUUUCGUUUGCGACAUCAAAAUUCAGGGCCGCUUUUAUAACUUGCCUCAUUGCAGGACGCAAUAUUCAAAGACCAAGUUAAUCGAGAAACUUGGGGAACUGGUGGGCGAGAGAUAUGUAGUUGUAAUAUCAGAGGAUGAUGUCAUCUGUCGCAGUUGUGCUGUUCUCCUUAAUACUUUUGACAGGCUGGAAACGGAAAUAUAUCCCAUUCGCGAUAAAGUUUUGCAAUGUUUAGAACAAAAAUAUUCUCUGGAAGAGGGUGAGCUCCGAGCUACUGAUGUCUGGCCAAAACAGUUUCAGCCACCACAGAUCACAAAAUCCAAUGCGAAAGAGAAUACCGAUAAGAAGAAGAUUGAAAUGGAAACAGAAGUGAGAAGGAACAAUAUAGAUUCAGAAGACAAUAGGAUACAAAAAAACAUUAACUCAUGGUUACAAUGCAACAAAUGCAAAUAUACCACACCUUUGAAGUCUUUCAUGAUGUAUCAUUUGAAACAUCACGUUAAACAGAAAACAUUUUGUGAUAAAUGUGGAACAUGUAUUUUUGAGAAUCAGCAAACAAGGCAUAGUUGUACCAGGACAAUCGAAUCAGAAAACAAGGAAAAUGAAAAAGGAGAAAAAACAUUGCAAUCAACUUUGCCACUUGCUCAAAUUACACCACUGCCGCUGAUAGGUAUAUCAAGUGAUCAUUUGUAUAUUUCCAGUAUGCUACCAACAAAUAAUCCAACAUGUUCCAAGCAGCCAAUAUCCAUUUUGCAACCAGUAAAUAUGAUUAAUAUUGAUAUGACAAAAAGUUCAGAAUCAAAUUCUGUACAAGAGAUGGAAAUAAAAACCAAAAGAGAAGAGACAAAAUCAAUAUUUGCUUUUACAAAGGAUGGAACCAUGAAACUAGUGAAAGUACCAUGUUCAAAAGAGACGUAAACAUGACAUUUCAUUAAUUGCUAACUAUGGAUAUUUAAGCUCUUGUCAAUUUCUUAUAUUUUUAUCGUUACGUUUCAUUGUGCAAUUGUGAAUGUGUACCAAAAAGUAUUAUAUAAAAAAAUUAUUAAAAUGUUCUAAAUAUUAUAUGUAAAACUUUAGUAUUAAUAUGAAAUGUUUAUUGUGGUCAUACACGCA